GGCGCGUCAUCAAGGACAGCAAGUCGAAAGUAAAAUUGAAUAAGGAAAUAAGUCCACAGAAAGACGUCGUGCUUCUCGCGGUUUAAAUUUAGUUUUAAUAUCAAUACUAAUUUAAAAAAAACAACCCUCGCUCGGUGGUGAAGAUGCCGCAAGCCUCCGCGCUGAAAAUAAGCCGCGAAAGUGCCGCUCAGGUGGAAAAAUACCGCCAUGGCUUGUAUAAUGAGGCACAAAAUCUCUUCUCCAGCCACAUUCCCUCCAAGAUCCUGCAGCUGGACACUUUGCUGAGGGAUCAAGCCCUCAGCGUUACGGACAUGUCGGCCCUGAAGGCGCCGCUGGACAUCCCCAUACCGGACCCUCCGACCCCCGAGGAUGAGGACAUGGAGACGGACCAAGGCGAGGAGAAGAAGAAGAAAAAGCCCAAAUGUGGCUUCAUCAAGACCAACGAGAAGAUUGUGGCGCUGGUGGAGAAGCUGAAACCCGAGAUUGUCAGUCUGCGGGAGACCAUCAUCGCCGUCACAUGUUGGAUUCAACACCUCAUCCCGCAAAUAGAGGACGGAAACGACUUUGGCGUGGCCAUCCAGGAGAAAAUCUUGGAGCGGAUUGCAGCAGUGAAGACUAAAGUGGACACUUUUCAGAGCAACAUCAACAAGUACUUCUCGGAGAGGGGAGACGCCGUCGCCAAAGCAUCCAAAGACACUCACGUGAUGGACUACCGCUCCCUGGUCCACGAGAAGGACGUGGCCGUCUACUCGGACAUCAGAGUCAUGAUCCUGGACCUGCGUGGAUUUUACGUGGAACUCUACGACAUGGUGAGCAAGAACGCGGAGAAGGUGACCAACCCCAAAGGCGGGGAGAAGCCGCCCAUGUACUGAGUUCUGAAGGUGGUCCGGCUCAGUGUGACAAAGGCACUCAUCAAUAAACCAAACACUUUCUCAA